AUGGGUAAGGAUAAUGACAUUAACAUUGUGGUCAUUGGCCAUGUCGAUUCGGGGGAUCCUGCAACGACAUGCGACCUGAUCAACAAGCUUGGUGUGACGGACGGGAAGUUUGAGACGAGCAAGUACCACUGCACUAUCACAGAUGCCCCUGAACAGGCUGAUUGCGCCGUUCUCAUCAUCGACUCCACCACUAUCGUGUCUAUCCUAUCCAAGGAUGGACAUAUACAACAUACUCUCCGUGGUUUUGCUCUUGGUAGGAAGCAGCUGAUCUGUUGUUGCAGUGAGAUGCAAGCUGCCUUCUCAAAGGACCAGUAUGAUGAAAUCGUGAGGGAAGCCUCUUCCUUCCUCAAGAGUCUGGGAUACGACCACAACAAAAUUACAUUUGUUCCCAUAUCCGUUUCAAAGGGUGACAGUGUGAUUGAGGGAUCCACUAACCUUGAAUGGUACAAGGGUCCAACCUUGCAUGAGGCGAUUGACCAGAUUGAUGGGCCCAAGAUGCCAGUUCGUGGUUUGUGA